AUGGCCUCCUCCUCCUCCCUCCCCCAAACAAUGACGGGAAUCCAAAUCCCCCGCACAGGCGGCACAGAAGUCCUAACCCACCACACCGACCUGCCCCUUCCCCCCCUCGGCGAGAACCAAGUCCUCGUCCGCAACGAAUACGCAGGCAUAAACUACAUCGACACCUACUUCCGCACCGGCCUCUACGCCGCGCCCCUCCCCAUCACACCCGGCCGCGAAGGCGCCGGCACGGUCGUCGAAUCCCACCCUUCCGUCUCCGGCUUCAAGGAGGGCGAUCGGGUGGUCUACAUGGGCCCCUUUGGGUCGUACUCGGGCUACUCGGCCGUCAACGCCGCACAGCUCCUGCACAUCCCGGACGCGCUUCCUACGGAUAAGGCUGCUGCUGCGCUGUUGCAGGGACUUACGGCGUGGACUUUUAUCCGCGAGGCGGGCGAGGUGCAGAAGGGGGAUUGGGUUCUUGUUCACGCUGCUGCUGGCGGUGUUGGAUUGCAGCUUGUGCAGAUGCUGCGGGCUGUGGGGGCAAAGGUGAUUGGUACGACGAGCAGCGAUGAGAAGUGUGCUCUGGCGAAGAAGAAUGGCGCAGAGUAUAUUGUCAACUCGCGCUCGCAGGAUCUCGUGGAGGAGGUGAAGAAGAUUACGGGCGGGCAUGGCGUUGAUGUCAUAUUCGAUGGUGUUGGUAAGGCUACGUUUGAUAGUGAUAUUGAGAUGGCGGCGCGGAAGGGGAGAUUGGUUGUUUUUGGCAACGCGUCCGGAGCUGUUCCUCCCUUUGACAUCCUCAAGCUGGGUCCCAAGAACUUGAAGGUUAUGCGACCCAUUGUCAACGGCUACACCGCGACCAGGGAGGAGCUGGAAAAGUACAGCACGGAGCUGUUUGACAUGAUCACCUCGGGCAAGGUGGAGGUAGCCAUCCACAAGGCGUACCCGCUCAAGGACGUCAAGCAGGCUCACGAGGACCUUGAAAGCCGCAACACGACGGGCAAGCUCAUCCUCAAGCUCGAUUGA